AUGCGUUUCCUUCAACCCCUCCUGAUAGCUCUGUCCUGCUAUUCAACCUCAACGCAGGCCUCUACCUGGCCUUCAUCUAUCCAGGGGCAACCCGCACCCGACAGAUGGCUACAGAUUAGCCUCAACGAGACCGGCCCGGCCCAUGCCCUAAUGGAGCGCACCCCCGUCACAGUCUGCGAGCGAGUUAUCAUGACAGCGUCAGCCUGCUCCGUGCUCAUCAACUUUGUAAAACCCAUGGUGAUGUCUCUCGCGGGUACCAUCAAGGGACUCUCCGACCAGGGGUCCUGCAAUAGCAUGCAUGGAACCUACGAGACUUUGUCGUGGAUGUACCACUCCUCUGGCCGGAACUGCGAUACCACGGCCCAGCAUGCGACGAUUGCCGGUGCUAUUAAGAAGUACCUUGAAGAAGUGAAUGGAAAUCGGCUUUGCAGCACUGAGUGUCUGCGUAUGGACCAUGGGGGGACCUGGGAUGGGUGGUUGAAGAUUGGGCCGACGAAGAACUUCAACAAGGAUGCUUACUGUGGUCCUUCGCUGACUUUUAGUAACUGUCUGUCUGGGGGGAACAACGAUAUCUGA